AUGGGAAAGAAGGAUAAACCUAAGGGGAAUAAAGCUGAAAAUAGCAAGAAAUCACAAAGAAAGUUGGAACUGAGACUUAAGAAGGUCGAGAGGCAGUCCGGAGAGUCUUCACUCGAGGAUUUAAUCCAAAGUUUCAGAGAUCAGCAGAAAAAAAUCACGACAACAACGCUGGUCGCAAUAUCUGCUCCUACUCCAAGGUCUCAUUUUUCUUUAGUUUCAUGCCCAGAUAGUGAAGAGUUGAUUAUGUUUGGUGGUGAAUUCUUUGAUGGACGAAGGGUUAAAAUGUUUUCCGAUCUUCUAAUUUAUCAAUGUAAAGUCAACCAGUGGCUCAAGUUGGACAGCCCUAACUGCCCAACACCACGAUCAGGCCAUCAGGCGGUGUACGUAAAAACUGAAUCCACCCCUUCGAGCAUUUGGAUAUAUGGCGGAGAGUUCAUAUCACCGUCUCAAACCAGAUUUUAUCAUUACAGUGAUUUGUGGUGUCUUCGCUUACGAUCUCAAAAAUGGGAGCUAAUAAACUCAUUUGGACCAUGUGCAAGAAGCGGACAUCGUAUGAUUACUUGCGGAAAUAAAAUUUUACUAUUUGGUGGUUUCAGUGAUACUGGAAGGUUAGUUUCUUUUGUAUUAAUGAGUUCAGUAAAACAACUUAUUUUGAUGAUUUGUGGCAGUUUGAUUUGA